AUGUCUAUCCGGCCAAUAAUCACCUUCAAGGCCGGCAUCUGCGAGGUCGACCAAUCUAGCAAGCCAUACAAGGUGAAGCCGUCACCGCGAUCCGGAUACAUCUACCUCUACCAAGCUUCCGACGAUGACCUCCUUCACUUCUGCUGGCGCGAGCGCAGCGUCCCCACCGACCAGCCCGAACUAGACCUCACCAUGAUCCCCGGCGACGGCACAUUCGUACCCGUGGAGCCAUCCUCCGACACCCCGACCGCUAGGACCCAGGGCCGCAUCUUCGUCCUCAAAGCAGCAGCGGCGAUGCCCACGUGGCUUUCCCCGCGCGACCGAAAGAUCGGCGAGAUCGUCAACAACCUGCUGCAGGGCGAGGAGGUCGACGUCAACGCGGAGCUCGCCUCGGUGCGGAACGGGGGCGGGCCCGGCCGCCGGGACACGGACGGCGACGAGUCCAUGGAGGAUGCCCAGGGCCACGGCGGCGAUCGCACUGAGCCUGGCAGCGGUGGUGCCGGUGCGGAUGCCACGGGCGGUGACGUUCGGGACGAGGGCGAGGAGGCGCGAGAGGGUGGCUCUGACGGUGCAAGAGCUGCGAGCAACAUGGCUCCCGACGCCGCCGCCGCGGUGCGCAACUUCCUCAACUCCCUCAACCCGGGCGGCCAGCAGCAGCAGCAGCAGCAGUCAGGAGAGGGCAAGGCGUACCCACUGCUGAGCGACCUCUUGGAGGCGCCGACGACGGUGCCCAUGGUGCGGUCCGCGGAGGAGAGCUACGUCGACAGCCUGCUGUACUUCCUGCCCCCCUCGGUGCUGGUGCUGGCGCAGCAGGGCGAGGGCAGCACGGGCGCCCCGGACGUCGAGCCCGAGCCCGAGCCCGGGGCCGACUCGGCGGCGGCGGCCAUCGCGGCCAUGACUCUCGGCCAGAAGAAGGCGCUGCUGGAGAAGGUGCUGCGGUCGCCGCAGUUUCACCAGUCGCUGGCCAGCUUGACCAUGGCGCUGCGCGACGGCGGCCUGCCGUCCAUCGCUGAGGCGCUGGGCGUCAGGGUCGAGAACGGCGGGUACAUGCGCGGCGGGAGCAUGCCGCUUGGCGGAGGUGACGCCGUGGAGGCUUUUGUCGAGGGCGUCAAGAAGAGUGUUCAGGAGAAGUAG